AUUAUCUGUAGUCCACAAUGCAGUUUGAGAUAAAGCAUACCUAUAACACCUGUAACCGUGUAUGCACAAACCGAAUGGCGGUGUACUGGCUCAGUGAUCACUCAGUUGAUUAGUACGAGGUGCAGCUCUCCCACUCAGUAGCAGCUGUGGCUGUGUACACCCAGAAGUGUGCAGCGUUCUGCGGAGCUCGGCUGGAAACACGCUCCUGUACAAGCGUUCUGUUUGGAAUCCUGUCAUUAGAACCCACGCUCACACGGUAAGGACAGGGUCGUUUUCUGUUAGGACUGCUGGCAUUUCGGGUGGGCGAGCUGUGCAACAGCAGGGACAAUAUAAAACCAGCUCGCAUCUACAGGUUAGUAAAUAAACCCAAAUGUUUUCUUAGAGCAGCCUCGGCCUGAGCGUAAAGCUCGAUAUAACCAUGCUGUAGCUGCAUCUUGUUAGAGAAUUCCAUCAGGGCUAUUCAAUAAAGUAAAUUCAAAAUGAAUCUUACAAUUAAAGGGACACUAUGGUCACCAGAACCACCACAGCUUAAUGUACUGGGUGGCCCAUAAGUCCCUACCCAUCCAGCACACAGAUACACUGGAUACAUAAGAUAUAUGGAUGGGUAGAGACUUACAGGCCACCCUGUAGUUGUUCUGGUGAGUAUAGUCAGUCCCUGCAGGCUUUUUAAUGUAAACACUGGCUUUUCAGAUAUGCUUGUUUUGAUUGAAGUUUAUAAAAGUGCUGAUUUCUACUUGAAAUUAGCGCUUUUAUAAAUAAGUUCAGAAACACCUUCUGACAACUUCGGCAAAUAGGGAUGUUAUCAAUUUGAUUAUGUUAGCUCUACAGAUACAAAAGAAUCUGGGCAUUGGGGGGAUCCCUUUAACAUCACCUAUUAUUCUCUGUUGGAGGCAAUUAAAACUUGUCUCCAGGGGCGGGCUGGGCCGGGGGGCAGGGAGGCAAUUGCCCCCCAGGCUGCCCUAAAUUCUGUUAGGACCGGCCACUGCAGGGCCGGCCCUUUAAAUGCUGCAGCCGCCUGAGCGUUCUGUGAAGAGCCUCAGGCGGCUGCAGCUGCUCUUCUCCCCCCCCUCCCCUGUAGCGUGGCCGAGCUGCUCGCUGGUCCACGGUGCCCGGCCGGACUGAUAGGAAGGUGCACACUCAGUGUGCACUUCCUGUCAGUCCGGCUGGUUACAGGAAACAGAAACUCCGCGCGGAACACCAGCGAGCAGCUCGGCCACGCUACAGGUGAGGGGGGGAAGUAAGUGAAGGGGGAGAAGUAAGUGAAGGGGGUAAGUGAAGAAGGGAGGACAAGUGAAGGAAGAGGGAAUAAGUGAAAGGGGUAGAAUAAGUGAAGGAGGGGAAGAAUAAGUGGAGGGUGGAAUAAGUGAAGGAGGGAAUAAGUGAAGGAGGGGAAUAGAAAGUGAAAGGGAGGGAAUAAGUGAAGGGAGGGGGAAUAGAGUGAAGGGAGGGAAUAAGUGAAGGGAGGGGGAAGAAUACGAAGGAGGGGGAAUAAGUGAGGAGGGGGAAUAAGUGAAGGAGGGUAAGUGAAGGAGAAUAAGUAGAGGAGGGAAUAUAAGUGAAGGAGGGGAAUAAGUGAAGGAGGGGAAUAAGUGAGGGUGUGGAAUAAGUGAAGGGAAAUUGGAAUAAGUGAAAGGUGGAAUAAGUGAAGGGGAGUGGAAUAAAUUGAAGAAGUGGAAUAAGUGAAGGGAAUGAAGAUGGGGUGUAAAUAGAAGAGGGAGUAAGUGAAGGAGGUGGGGAUUUAGUGGAGAAGUAAGUGAAAGGAGUAAGUAAAGAUGGGGUGUAUGUAAAUGAAAGAGGAGUAAGUGAAGGAGAGGAAAUAAGUGAAUAGGAGAGUAAGUGAAUAGGGAGGGUAACAGAAGGAGGAGGAGAAGUAAGUGAAGGAGGGAGUAAGUAAAGGGGAAGUAAGUGAGGAGGGGGAGUAUUAAGUGAAGGAGAGUAAACAUUGAAGGAGGAAGUAAGCUUAGAAGUAGGAGGAGGGGAAGUAACAGAAGUAGGAGGGAGAAGUAAGUGAAGGAGUGAAGGAGGGGGGAGUAACAGAAGGAGGAGGAGGGGGAAUAAUAAGAAGAAGGGGGUAUGAAAAACGGGGGGUAAGAAGAACAAGGGGGGAGUAAGAAGAACACAAGGAGGAGGGGGAGAUGAGUGAGGAGAAGGGGGACUGAGAAGAACACAGGGAGGGUGGAGAAGGGGGGGACUGAGAAGAACACAGGGAGGGGGAGGUGAGGAGGACACAGGGAGGAGAGGGGGUAAGGAGGACACAGGGAGGAGAGGGGGUAAGAAGAACACAGGGAGGGGGGAGGUGAGAAGAACACAUGGAGGGUGGAUGAGAAGAGCACAGGGAGGGUGGGUGAGUGUGAGAAGAGACCGCUAGGGGAGGGUGGGGGAGAGGAGAGACCACUAAGGGGCAGGGGAGAGCUAGAAGGGACAGCUCUAUAGGACAGGGGGCAAGACAGGGAGCUCUUUCACACUACGCGCACACACACACAAUGCAUCCCUAUACAUACACAGAAACACACAAUGCAUCCCUACACACACAGAAACACAACAUGCUUCCCUUACACACAGAGAAACACACAAUGCAUCCAUUACACACACACAAUGCAACCCUUACACACAAAGACAAUGCAUCCUUUGCACACAUACACAGAAACACACAAUGCAAACCAUUACACACACACUGCUUUUCUUACAUACACACAGAAACACAAUGCAUCACUAACACACACUCAAUGCACACACUUACAGACACACACCUUGUAUCCUUUAUGCAUACAAACACAGAUUCACACAAUGCAUCCCUUACACACAACCAGAAACACACAAUACAUCCCUUAUACACACUGCUUCCACUACACACAAACACACUGCAUCACCUGCACAAACUGGUAUCCCUAUACACUACAUACCAUAAGCACACAUAUUAGAUCCUCUACAAUAACACAUCCCCUACACACUCCACUCCCUGUGAGCGAACUCAUGGGUGGGUGGAACAUAUAAGUGGACUUAUGAGUGGGCCUUGUGGGCAUACUCACCGUCAGGCCCUGGGGCCCAGACCUUGAGCUGUGUAAGGGGCCCCCAAAAAAUGGAGCUGCUUCCAAUUCUCCCAGAACAUUGAAUUUUGUGAUCACAGUUGCAAACAGCCUCCAGAGAUCCUGUUCUACACCAGACCAGUGGAGCCAAACUGCAGCCCAUCAUCAUCCUCAUUUGGUUGUAAGUAGGCAAUCUAGUAUAUUAUUAGUGACACUAAUCUAUAAUUUACCUCACAUUAAAGGGACACUAUAUUUCCCAGAACGACUGGAGCUUAAUGAAGUGGUUCUGGUGUCUAUAGCCGGUCCCUGCAGGCUUUUUAAUGUAAACACACACUGUGGGCAGCACUGGCGUUAGUUCGUAUGGCAGCUCAUAUAGGUGGGGCAUUGUGAUGUCACAUGGGGGGCGGGAAAUACAGCUGUUCCCCAUGCAGCCACAGGUGCCACUGUGCUGGGAGAUUGUGAUUACUCUUCACUUCCUCCCAGCUUACAGAGCAGCGCAUGGGAGAGAGAGAGGAGGAGGUAUGAUUUAAUCUUACAACAAAUCCAGUAAGCAAAUCUUUAUAAAUUUGGGUGGGAUCAGCUCUGUUUCCACAGUUUAUUGGUGUUUACUCUGAUGUCUGUAUUAAUAUUGAGGGAUUUCUAAGUAGUAACAUCAGUGUGUGUCAGCAGGGCCAGCCGUUGGGGUGUGCACGCUGUGCGGUCACGCAGGGUGCCAUCACAACAGAGGCGCCCGGCGGACAACACAGCUCACAAGUUGGGGACACCAGCCUAUUCAAUUUAAACGAUUCGCUGGUGGUCCACUGGUACGCACCAGCAGUAGGUGCAGUCAGAUUAUAGCCUCUCCCUCGUGGUUCCAGCGCUCAGUUAGUGAGUCAGAGCACACGCUCAGAGAUUCUCAGCCUGCGCUUUGACAACAUUGAAAGUCAGAGCCGUGAAGGAGUGGGUAUGGCAAAGAGCUACUGAUUAGCAUAACAUCAAUAUCCGUUAUAAAACCAGGAAAAGGUGGGCACCAUUGCACUGAUUUGGUGGUGCAAUGGGCCACUUGACUGGUUUUGCCCCCCAGGCCUAAGGCUGCCAGCCCUCCCCUGCUUGUCUCCCCCUGGAAUUACCUCGUCAGAAGGCGACUAGAGAUGCACAAUGUGCAGCACCUAUGUUUAACGUCUACAUUCUGCAUUGAGACACUGAAAGUUCCCCAUAGUGAUGCAUUGAUUCAAUACAUCUCUCUGAGAAGACGCUGAUUGGCGCAGCAAGGCCAGAAAGACCUUUUUUUUUUUUUUUUUUUUUUUGGGUUGGAGUAUCCCUCUGAAUGCAUUACAGUAUUGUGUAUGUAGUUAUGUUUUGUUAAAAGUAUACUGUAGUGCCAGGAAUACAGAGCUGUAUUGCAGGCACUAUCACUGUCACUGACACUAGACAGCCACUGGAGGCAGACUUAGAGCUGCAAUGUAAACAUUGCAAUUUCUAUGGAACUGCAAUGUUUUACAUUGCAGCACUAAGUGCAAAAGGGACACUGCACCCAGACAACUUCAAUGAGCUGAAGUAGUCUCGGUGCCUACAGUGUCACUUUAAAGUACAUUCCUUAAGUCAGAUAUGCUUUCAGCUUGGUUACUCUGGCCUUAAAGACCACUAAAGGCACCCACACCACUUCAUCUCAAUGAAGUGGUCUGCAUGCAGUGGUUGUGUCCUUUUAGUCCUGCCAUUGAAAACCUUGCUGUUUGGUAGGAACGGCAAAGCUAUCAUCACAGGAAUAAACACACCUGUAGUGGCUGUUUUCAUGCCAGCCACUGGAGUUGUUUCCACUGUGACGACGGAGUUAAACUCUAUCAUGUGACGGUCUUGUAUAAUAAAAGUACACAGGUGGGGAGAACAACGUGUAAAACACUGAACAAUUCUAGCCCCUCUUAUAGCUCUUCACAGAUCCAUAUGUAUGCCCCUUCUCGGUCUCUCCACUCUGCAUGUGACCUUCUCCUGUCCGUUGCUCGCACCCAUACGGCCAACUCACGCUUGCAGGACUUCUCGCGGGCGGCUCCCUUCAUAUGGAAUAGCCUGCCUAUGGCCUAGUCUUGCAUUUUUUAAGAAGUGCCAUAAAACCCAUCUUUUUAGGAGAGCUUAUGACCUCUACCUCACAUACCUGUCUCUUGCUCUCUCUUAAAGGACAGCACUUGACUCUCUCCUCCAGCUCUGCUUCACUCCCACCUUAUUCAAUUGCAAUUUCCUGUCCUAAUGUGUUUUAUACCCCACCUCCUGUAGACUGUAAGCUCGUUUGAGCAGGGUCCUCUUCAACCUAUCAUUCCUGUAAGUUUUCUUGUAAUUGUCCUAUUUAUAGUUAAAUCAGCCCCUCUCAUAAUAUUGUAAAGCGCUGCGGAAUCUGUUGGCGCUUGUGACGACCUAAACCUCGUCACGGUGCUUGGAGGGGCCUGCUGGCAAAUUCCGUAGCACUGUACAAUGGGUGGACCAACAGACUCAUAAUUGUCACAAGACAAGUGGACGCACAGGAACAGAGGCAUUGAAGGCCCUGCUCAAUGAGCUUAUAUGCUAGAAGACAUAAGGAUUCUUGUUUCCUUUCUCUGCAGAUACUGUGCUGUAUUCAAUCGCAAUGGAUGAGCCAUAUAACUUGGAAUUGUUUCCUGGGUGUCAGAUAAAACUGUUACUUUUUAGAAAUAUUAGAAAUGCAGCAGCCCUAAAACGUAAAGCAAUGGAAGGAUCCAUUGAAGGUGCAUUGCUAAAUCCUGCAUUGGUAAGUAUGCAUUGUGAUCUAACUUACAAUGGUAAAGCCAUGUCAUGUGCUGAGCACUGUUCCUCCGAACAAUAGGAAGCAAUAGAAUAUAACAGUAUGUUGAAAGGUAGUCUAACUUAAAGCCAUUAGUAGAAAAACCUAUUCCCUAACAAGUUUCACAUCCAUCUAAGAGUUCAGGGCUGGCUAAUGUGAAUUUGGUGUAAAUUUGGCAUCUGACACCAGCGUGCACAGCAUGCUCAUUGAAUUGGUUAUAGUUACUGUAACCAAAACUAAUGUUUUCUUUAAAAACUGUUUUGUUUUUUUGCUGGUGUGACCCUUUUAAGGAAUACAGCAAAUACCUAAAACACUUCAGUUUGUGUCAAUUUUCUAAAAGGGUUGUUGUCAAUAGUAAUAGAUAAUUUUAUAAAGGAAUGUUGAUACACCUGCCAAGCUGUCAGACUGGCGGCCCUGUUCCUUCCUCCUGGUUUAUCUUCAUGUUGCUAAACUCAACGGUGCAGACGCUUGCGCGCAGUACACCUGAGUUUAAAAGACAUCCCAAUGAGCUGUAAUACAGCUUAUUGAGAAGUCUGUGAUUAGAUAGUUACAGAAAGUAACUUCUCCUAUUUUCAAGCACAACUAUUAGCUACUGCUUCUUGAUAUUACAAUUUCUAUUAAAUGCUUAAACUGUUUCCCAGUACAGAGACAAUAUUACAUUGAGGUAUUAUUCUUAUCCCUUAUCUGGCGGUUACUGAGGGUUCAUUCUGCAGCACGGUAGCAAUACCUGUAAAAUAAUUAUUGUGGUAAGCAGAGAGGAUAUAAAUGAAGUAAUACUGAAUUAAAUACGCAUACAUCUAUUCUAUUUAUUUCAAAAAGAUUCUAGAUGCACUUCAAAUCCGUGUGGCAGCAAACAAGGCAAUUCAUCUACACAAGCUUGGAAAAAUGAAGACGAGGUCCCUCAAUGCUGAAAUCAUAUUUAACCUGUCCCCCACCAACAAUGUAAGUAGCACCAUACAGGAAGCACACCGUAGUAAACUCACUGCAUUUUCAUAGUUUACAAAAAUGUCACCUUACUUUUGGACUUUUUUUUCUUUUUUUCAGUAUCUUUAUCAAAAAUGUUAUUCUCUUCAUUUAAGUAUCAACCUCCCUGUCUAUGUGUGUCUCUCUUUCCCACUUAAUACAAGUGCAUAUUUAUAGAAGGGUAUUAAAAUACAAUAUCUAAAUACAAAGGGCCUCCUGAGUUCACUUCAGAGAGUUAAAAUAGAUAUGUUCUAUAAUGUACUGUCUGGGUCUAUCCAGCACUGUAUUUCUUAUACUUUUAUUUUUGUUGGAAGUCAAAUGGGUAUGAUUAGUUGUCAGCCCCACCUUAUUCUGCAUAUUCAUUACCCCACUAAAGAAAUAAACAUUUAUAUUAUGCGCGCUUGAAAAACAUGAAUACCAAAGAAAGUGAAAGCGCACACGAAGUGAAAUAUAUAAAUAAUAUUAUUACCCUUCCUUGUUAUAAGUAAUUUAAAUAACAAGCAAGGGUAAUUCUAAUAUAUCUUAUUUCACUUUGUGUGUGCUCUCACUUUCUUUGGUAUUCUUGUAUUUAGAUGUAGGAUUGUGAAUAUCUAGUGAUUGACUCACGGGUGAUAUAGCUGCACCACUUUUAUAUUUAGCGCCAUGCAACUAUCCUAUUUUAUUUUAUUUUUUUAAAUAUGCUUAGCGCGUAGUAUUCAAGUGUAUGAGUAUAUUUUACUUUCCCCAAAAUUAGCUGCAUUUUUGAAAGUGUUUCAGUAGCUAUUUUUAAUUCCCUUUAUAAUUUUUAUGACUAAAGGUAAAACAUUGAGGUACAAAAAGGGACUUUUUUGUUUAGGAAAAGAGUAAAAACAUAGGUAACAUAAAUACUUAGCUUUCAAGACUGUAUGAGGAUAUACAGUGAAAAAUAUUUCCAUCUGUUUUCUGAAUUAUGGACCUUAUAACUGGCUCUGAGACAUUAACAAUCAAACCUAAGAGAUUACCUAGUGUUAAAUGAUUUCAUUAGCAGAGUUGCCAAAUCUGAAGCAAAAAACAAAACAGAAUUACUACAGAAAUAAGUAUUAAAGAGACACUGUAGGCACCCAGACCUAAUGAGCUAAUUGAGCUAAUUGAAGUGGUCCGGGUGCAGUGUCCCUAUUUCCCUUAUUGCUCUAACGUUAAACAUUGCAGUUCCAGAGAACCUGUAAUGUUUACAUUGCAGCACUAAGUCUGCCCACAGUGACUGUCUAUCAGACAGCCACUAGAAGACGUCCUGGAUUGAAAUGGACCUUUGGUCAGGUAUUUGACGCUGGACAUCCUCACGCUCUGCAUGAGGACAUCCAGUGUCCAAUUUGUCCCCAUAGUAAAGCAUUGAUCCAAUGCUUUCCUGUUGGGGAAAAUCGCAUUAGCACCCACUCAUAGCGGGACGUCGGAGAGGGCGGAGCAUGGCCCCAGUGCCGAGGGACAGCAGCGCUGGGAGAAGGUAAGUAAAUAAAGUGUUUUUUUAAUCCUUUACUUACCGGGAAGGCAGGAGGAGCGAUAGUGCCAGGAAUACAGCUUUGUAUUCCUGGCCCUAUAAUAUCCCUUUAAUGCCUAGUUUCUGUAGGGUAAGCAAAACAUUUGCAUAUUGCCAUGUCGUUGCUCUGUCUAAUUGCCUAUGCACCAUCAUACAACACAAAUAAAAUCCUAAAAACUGCCUGCACCUUAUGUUUAACAUUCUUGUAUUUAGUUUACAGGGUUUUUGUAAACCCCCCCUCACUAUCCCCUCCCCCAAAAAACUAAUCUCUGGCAUUAAGCAAACUCGUUGAAUUCAAUUCUGGUUGACUGAGAGCACAUUCUGCUUCCAGCACCUUUGUUUUUUAGCAGUAAAUUUUAUUCGGUCAGAAAGAAAGAUUUUGGUGCUAAAUGUUUAUUUAUCUUGUUAUAAAUGAAUACAGAGUGUAUUACUUUUUACCUUCACAAUAAUUAUAAAUUAACCUUUUGUAAGCAAAAUAUUUUUUUCAUUUUAGAUUUCAGAAGCUUUCAAAAAGUUUGGUCUGUCAGACAGCAAUUCUGACGUUCUUGUUGCUUUGACUGAUGAUGGAAGAAAUACAUUGAAUUCCCAAGAAAUAAUCUCUCAUGUGGAUGGCCAGCAGGUCUCUUUAGCAGAGCUGUCACAACUAACAGAUAUCACACAAGUAAAAAAGGUAGGACAGAUCUCCAAAUCAAUAGUCCCAAUGCUUGAAACUAAUUACUGUUCUCCUUUUUGGCUACCGUAGCCAAGACACUUUAAUCUCCUCUUUAAACUGUAAUUUUCAAACUGCCAGCAAGCCCAACUAGCAUGACAUCACUACUACCUUAAAACUUGAGGACUUCAAAUUCAAUUUUUUGUAACAUUUUGCUGAUUUGCAAAUGGCAUCUUGGUAAAUGUUGCUGCAGUAAUGGAUAAAAAGUAUCCCCUUUGCUUGCUGUCACUAUCAGCAAUGAAAAUUGUAAACACUGACUUUUCUGAGCAAAGGCAGUCUUUACAUUUAUCCCUAAGGCCACUUCUAGUCGCUGUCACUCUGACAGGCAGACACGAUAUGUCCUUCCUGGUGUGGUGCUCCAAGCUUUGCAGAAUUCAUAUUGGGCGUCCUCAUGCUCUGCAUGAAGACGUCAUAUGCUUCACUUAGAGAUGCCAAUGCAUGUCUGAGAUGAUGUCGAUUUGCACAUUUGCACACCAUUCAAGAAUGCUUCCCUUUGGGAGAAGCAUUGGAAUGGCUGAGAUCAUCAUUAUAGGAGAGAAAUGGUGGCUAUGUUGAGCAUUAUUCUGCUGAAUGUGAUGACAUCCUGCUUUUUCAGAACUAUAGAAGCUGAAUGCAGAUACCCACCGCCAUUUAUUGGCUGAGAGCAUCAACUGAUCGCUCAGAGCCAAUGAAUGACCGUCUGUGCAUAGAAAUAUGCAGAGAAUUCACAUUUGCCAGCCUGGAACUCAUAUUUCCAAGCUGACUAGUGAUGCUAACGGAGCUGGAGGUACACUUCCAGGAGCAGAGGACUUAAACUAUGUAUGCGAAGGGUUUUCUAGAAAAACGCUGUGCAAGCCAGUUUUAGUAAAUAAUUGGGCUACUGACAAGAUGAACUUGUACGGAAAGCAACACCGGUGCAUAUCCCAAUAGCCCAGAAUCGAACAUCAACAGGAGGGUUGGUUCCAAGCAGAGAUUAGCAGUGAUUAUUUUGUUCCAAUGCAAGUAUUAAAGAUUAAAUGAAUACUAAAUGCAUUAAAAAAAAAAAAAACUUAAGGUAUGUGGCCAGGAUCCAGAUGGCUAUACUAGAGAGAGGUGUGUGUUUUGUAUAUUUGUAUGCACACGUGGCCAAGUCAUUAAUUCUUCUCUUUUAUAAAAGUACAAUACACAAAGAUCCAUUUUAAUACAAUCCUCCCUGAUCUUUGUACCUUGGUAUACUAGUUUUAUUGAUACUCUUUAUGUAACACUCUGUAAAUACAAAGUGUUUUAUAUUUAAACUGAUACCAAGAAUAACUACCAGGACAAAACUCUGGUACCCAAAAACGCAGUACUGAUAUUCUCAGUUCAUUUUAGUAAUAGUUUCUCUAAUUUCUUGGGGUUUUUGUUUGACUGUCUUUACUGAAACUGUGAAACUUAAAAAAGUACAUACAGAGACAAAAGGUGUAAAAGGAAACACUUGCACACUAUUUAGGCACCAUGGCCUCAUUUUAAUAUUUUUGGGUAAGCUUUUCAAGUGAUUUAAUACUUUUCAAUUAACUUUUCAAAAUUUUUUUAAACAAAAUUGAUAUUUGUUAAUAUAUUGCUAUAUUUUUUAUAUAUUAUCUCUUACAAUAUUUCAGUAUUUUGAAUAAGCCAUUUUAAAAGUAGAUUCAAAAAUAUUAAAUCAUCUAAAAGCUUAUCCAAAAAUAUUAAAUUGAGGCAUAUAUCAGGUAUGUAUCUGCCUUAGGAAAGUUGCAAAAAAGUCUACAUGAAACAGUGCAAAUACUUGAUGUAUACAUAGCAAAUGUGCAGUCUCCCUACACAUUUCCUGAAAGAGAGUCGAUUUUUUUAUUUUUUAUUUUUUAUUUUUUUUUUUUUUAUGUGCUUUUCUUAUUGCAUGGUGUGUUUAAUUUAAAACUUCUUAACUCCUGCUAUGUUAAUAGCCUGUUAGAGCCUGCAACAGCCUUGUGUGUGUGAUUAAAUAUUAAUUAACAGAGCAGGAGAUAAAAACAUCUAAAGUAAACAAACAUAGCUGUAAGAUCAGAUUGAAAUGUAAAAAAAAAAAUUUUUUUAUGAGACUAAUUUUAUAAAAAACAUCAAACUAUAUGAAAGAUCCAAUCAGCAUGAGAAUGAAGCAAUAUAGAUUAAAGGCACACUCCAAACCCCUAAGGCCGAAAUACUUUACGUGUGAAGAGCGUUUUAUUUAUUUAUUUAUUUUAAUUGCAUUUUACAAACCGUACAGAUUUCAAAAGACAUAGUCACUUUUAUAAAUUAACCUUGUUACAACCACCUGACUUCUAUCAGGCCCAUGCCUGGAUUGGCCAUUGGGCAAACCUGGCAAAUGCCCUGUGGGCUUUGAUGCUGCCUGAACUCCGGCCCAUAGAGGGAGCUCAGUGCGGUGGGGAGAUCUGUCAUGGGGUGUAGACCAGAUACUUAUUCCACCUGACCACCAGGGAAACAAAUUCCUCCCCAGCAUCCUCUCCUGCCAAGGAUCAAGGUAAGGAAGAGGGAUAGGGGAGUAUGUAUUUUUUUUUCUAUGUCCCCUUUCCUCACCCAGCAUUCCCUGACACUCCCUCUUUUACACCCUGCAGCUGCUGCUCCCCUCUCACCCAAAAGCCCCUACAGCCCCUGUCUUCCCCUCUCAUGCCCUACAGCCACUGUCUUCCCCUCUCACCCUGCAGCCCCUGCCCCCCCUUUUACCUUGCAGCCCCUGCCCCCUCUUCUCCUGCAGCAACAUGUCUCCUCUCUCAUACCCUGCAUCCCCUGUCUCCAGCUCUCAUACCCUGCAUCCCCUGUCUCCAACUCUCAUACCCUGCAUCCCCUGUCCCAGCACCUCUGUCUUCCCCUCUCAGCUUGUAUCCCCAUGUCCCCUGUCACCCCCUCUUAUAUCCUGCAUCCUAUCUCUCCCUCUCAUACCUUGCAUCCCUGGUCUCCCCCACCCAGCACCCCUGUCUUCCCCUCUCCGCUUGCAGCCCCAUGUCCCAUCUCAUCCCCUGCAUCCCCCUUUAAUACCCUGCAUCCUCUAUUUGCCCUUCUAACCCAGAAACCUCUGUCCUGCCACUCAGCACUCCCACCAGGACCCCCUCUUCACCUCUCACCCAGCAGCUACUGUUCCCACCUUCACCUUGCAGCCCCAUGUUCCCUCUCACCCAGCAGUCUCUCUCAUACCCUGUAUCCCCUGUCUCCACCUCUCACCCAGCAGCCCAAUGUCCCCCCUCUCACAAAAAAAAUCUUUAAAAUCCUUUGUUACAUGUAAGAUAUAUAUACUAGACAAUAAUAGACGCAUUGUUACACAUACAGUAGAGAAAUAAAAUGCUGCUUUUUGUUUGAAGGUAUCUGAAUGCAGAUGUUUUCAGGGACUUGAGACUGGUGGCAGGUUUGAGACUUUCACAAUAUUUUCUUGAAAUGCACACAAAUGUUGUGUUUGCAAUUCCAAAAUUAAAUCUGAAUGUCAGGGGUCUUUGGAAUUGCUAAGACCUUUCCAUUUUGUUGCUACAAGCCUUUUCUUUAUUUUACUUCGUGGCAAAAAUAAAGUGAUUAGAUUACUGUGAAUGGCCAUUACAUUUUAAUGCAAAUAAAAUAUGUAAAUUAUUCAGCUUUAUUACAAAUGUGUUUAUAAUUUCAGUCUGUUUUUCUAAUAUACUGUUAACUAUACUGUAAAAUAAAAAGUAUACAGUGGGACCUCGAUUUACGAAUUUAGUGCGUUCUCCAGGCCGUUUCUUAUUGCGAAAAAUUUGUAAACGAAACACGAUUUCCCAUAGGAAAUGCAUUGAAAAACAAUUAAUCCGUUUUGGAGGUCAGAAAAAAGUCAAAAUGAGCUGGCAAGGAAACCAGCCCACAAUGCAGAACACACAAUAAAAGGCAUGCAAACGACGAAGCUCAGCUCCCUACCUUUCCACAGCUUGAGAAAUGCACCAAAAAAGUUCAAAAAAAGUCCCAGAACCGCUGCAAAUUUUUUUCCAGAAUGGCUCCAAAACUCAAUGCAAAAGCUGCUCCAACACCUCCACACUCGAUGCCACGUGCUACCCACAGGCUUCAGCAUCCAGGGUGCGGUGCUAUAAACCUCCCAGGUGCAAUGCAUCCUGGGGAAACUUUUUUUUGUAUUGCAAAAAAAAAUUGUAAACCGAGGCAUUAUUUUCAAUGGAUUUUCAUUUGUAAACCGAAAAUUAUGUUAACCGAGGCGUUUGUAAACCGAGGUCCCACUGUACAUUGGUUUUCUAAACUGUUACAUUUCUUCUUUAUUUAUUUACUUACAGGUAUAUAAAAUUACAGCACAAGAAGAAAAGAUUGGCUCCAUAUUAGAUGCGGUUAUAUGCCGAAUGUCAACUAAAGAUGUUUUAUAAAUAUAUAUUUUUUGGACAUGUAAUGGAAAUUACGGACAAUGUAAUUUGUGUUGCUCAUCUUUUCACUUCAUCAUGCAGUUGUUGAAAAUGUGUGUUCAUUUUUUUUUUAUUAUUAAAUGUUCUUGGCAAUAACUUACAGCAUAUAUGUAACGGACCGUUUUGCACACAAGGGGUAAAAACCGUUUAGGCGAUCGUCCCCUUUCCAAGAUGCAGUGUAAGGGAAUGCUCCAAACUCCCGAACGGCAUACAAUAUAGCACUCCAAACUCACAAACUGGAACCAUAUGAAUAGCUGCUAGCAGAUGAAUAGGAAAAGCAUCCAAGCGGCUUACACUCCUAGCAAUCAGUCUCUAUCAGCAUUCAGUAAAUCCCCCCCAAAGACGAGACAGGGCUCCGUGUUAUGGGUCAAGCGGUGAUCUGUUUAAUGAGGGCUACCUGCCCAGUAUUUAUGCAGGUCUCCCACCUGGUGGACACUCCCCUAGGGGACCAAAUGGGAGACUGUGAAAAAAGACAGACAAUCAGCCAAACAGGACACACAGUCACAUUAUAUUCCCACAAUGCAUCCUGGCUUCCUCCCCUCUGCCUUGGAGAUAAUUGAGAAGUAAUUCAAUUAUCUCCCAAGACAAAGACAAAUCGCCAUUAUGCACGUGGGGAUACUAAAACAUGAAUUACUAUUAAAAUACAUUAUAUGACAUAACUUACAAUAAAACUGUACAUUUAACAUGUCCCCAGAUAGCUCAGGUCUGAGCACACAUUAUUAAGCGAAUGGCGCUCAGACCACACGAAUACAGUUUAAUCGCCAUGGAGCCAAAGUCUUUACACAGUCAGUUCUCAUGCGAAUGGGCUCCAUGAGAUUCCUAUCUGGGGUAUAACAUAUUCAAGUAAAACUACCGAACACCGGGCCGUUCGUACACUUUCACCGAACAAGAAGGGAGGUCGGCGGCUUCAGCGGUGUUCGCGCAAAACUGUGUCUGAUUUUCGUUCCAUGAAUUAAGCGUCGAACACCGCUGUGCGUUCGCAUGUUUAAAAUGGCCGCGACCUUGUGUUCGUUAUACGAAUGGCGGCCACCCAGCAUUCGUCAAUUAAGCUGCGGUUAACCGCAGCUUCAGGGAGGUUAAUUGCCGGCACACUCCAGCUCCUAGGUGGUCCAGUCAUUCGUGCGGUUGUUCGGUAGAUUGAAUCCACCGAACACCGGGCAGAAAAGCACGAAUAAGUCUUUUCUGCAGGGGAAACAAAGUCUUUUAACGUGGGGCCAUAGUCCAAAGGCAGCAGGCGAGCAACCAGGCUUCUCCAGUGCA